AUGAAGAAAAUUUAAACUAUUAUUUGGCCACUCCAAUAUUAUAUUGAAAAUGAUUAUGCAAUAUUAAAAUCAAUAGAUGGUUAUGCUUAAAUCAAGUUCAAUCUUCAUACACACUAAAUAUCAUUAUAAUAUUAUUCUUGUAAUCAAACUAUGGCAGUUGUAAAUGAGAUUGAAAAUUAAAAUAAUUUUGUAAAUAAUUUCAUUAAGAAAUACAAUCUUGAAGCUUCAAAAUCAACAGGAACUAAUAUAGAUUGUAGUAUAGGUUAUACAUAGAGGAUUUCAAAUUAUGGUUUUAAUAAAUAGUAUAGAGUUUUGUCCAAUCUAAGAUGA